GUUUGUAAACAAUCUGCACUGCACGAGAAAGAAAGGCUAUGACAAAUUCCGGAUUUACAUCAAUGAAUACAGAAUAGGAAUAGGUGUUUUAAACUGAAUACAGAAUAGGUGUUUUAAACGUUUAGCCAAGGCAUUUAAAGAAUACACUGUGUUGAUUAAAUACAGAGUUAUCAACCAUGCCUCUUAAUCUCUUCGGGAACAAGUUUUCACCAAAGAAGACACCACCAAGAAGAGCUCAAUCCUUAUCUAAUCUACAUUUAGACUCAACACAAUCUCAAGCUGAAUUUGGUUUAGAUUGUAAUAAUGUUAAGGUGAACCUAGGGGGAAAUGAAGUUACUUUUGAAAAUGGUCAUUGGAUUCAAGAAAGUGCAGGUGGAGGUGCUGGUCAUCAUGAAGUUAUAAGAUUGCAGAAACAUAACCAACAGUUACAAGAAGAAAAUAAUUUUCUCAAAUUAAAGCUAGAUAUAUUAUUAGAUAUGCUUGCAGAAACAUCAGCCAUCUCACAUUUCCAUGAAAAUGAAUUGAAACAAUUGAGAUUAAAAAAGAGAUGAGGUGAAGGUGAUAUCAGGGUUUUAAGAUAUUCCAUUCAUAAAGGCCACAAAUAAUUACAGCUAUUAUCAUCAAUCUCCGCGCACAUCAUUUUAAUAAUAUAAAUAUCUAAAUGACAUGUCUUUUGUACCGUCCAUUUUAGUUCUGUAUAUAGUUAAUGUUAUAAUUUAUAUAAUUUCUAUAAAGUUUUUUAUUAACAA